AUGACACGGAAACUACAGGAGAGAAUGGUAAAUCAGAAAGUCACACCCAUGAGGGGGCGAAUGGCACCCAAUGCAAAGCCGAGGGUGCCAUUGUUGCACGCUAUGAUGGGGUCCAUGAGGGGGCGAAUGGCACCCAAUGCAAACCAGAGGGUGCCAUUGUUGCACGCUAUGAUGGGGUCCAUGAGGGGGCGAAUGGCACCCAAUGCAAAGCAGAGGGUGCCAUUGUUGCACGCUAUGAUGGGGUCCAUGAGGGGGCGAAUGGCACCCAAUGCAAAGCCGAGGGUGCCAUUGUUGCACGCUAUGAUGGGGUCCAUGAGGGGGCCAAUGGCACCCAAUGCAAACCAGAGGGUGCCAUUGUUGCACGCUAUGAUGGGGUCCAUGAGAGGGCGAAUGGCACCCAAUGCAAACCAGAGGGUGCCAUUGUUGCACGCUAUGAUGGGGUCCAUGAGGGGGCGAAUGGCACCCAAUGCAAAGCCGAGGGUGCCAUUGUUGCACGCUAUGAUGGGGUCCAUGAGGGGGCGAAUGGCACCCAAUGCAAAGCCGAGGCUUGAGAAGGAGAAUGGCUUAGUACAUGUAGCUCAUCUUGAGGAACAUCUUGCUGAGAAGACUGCAUCCGUUGAUGAAGCUACCUCCAACCAUGCUGAUCUAGAACAUCAACUCACUGAACAGACAUCGGAGCUCAGAGAACUACAGGUACAACUAGUUCACGGCCCAAUGUCGUAA